AUGGCCGAGUGGGCGGCGCCCCAGGGGCUCGGCGUUACUCCCGGGAUUGUCGAUCAAAACGACUAUUUCCCCGGCACCGAGUACUCGUUCGCCCCAAACCCAAUUGACGGCUUCAACCCAGCCUUCGACUUCCCCAGCGGCAAAGGUCCAGGAUUUGUUGGUGAGUUGUCGCAAAUCCCUAGAUGUCAUCUUUCCCGCCCGCGCCAUACUCCGCGUGGCUCCGUUUCUUCUACGGUUUCUUCCUCUUGCGAUUCCUACUCCACCGUCGUGCCGAAGCCAUCCAGCCUUGGCCUUGGCCUGGCGCUUGAUACGCGUCUUGCCCAGGCCUCGGCCGUCGCUCCGGCUCCCUCUCCGGCGUCGACCGCGACGUCGACCACGGCAUCUUCGGCGGCCUCUAGCGGCCUAGUGUUUGCGUCGCCUGCUGCCUCCUCCACUUCUUCUUUUUCUUCUCCACCCGCCCCGGCGUGGAGCAGUCCUUCAAGUUGCUUGGACGAUCCGAGGCCCAGUCCAACGGCGCGUCCCGGCACCUCGCGUCUUCUUUCUUCUCCUUUCUUUUCUCAGUCUAGCGGGCAUUUUGUUCCUCCCCUUGGAAAUUCGUGUUGGUUUUCCUCCGCCAAGAGCUCGCCUAGCCCCGAAUCGUGUUUUGCUGACUCGCGUCUCUUCGCCCUCGCAGAUCCCUCGCUGAUACACCCAGACGUGAGGCCAAUGGCCAUGCCCGGCUUCGAACAGUCGUACGCGGCGCCCACUCCGGCAUACCCCACGUCGCCCGCCCUUUCGGCCUCGCCGCAGCUCCGGACCGGCAGCACAUCUCCCUUCCUCCACAACAACUACCACCCCUACUCGCCCUUCCAGCCUCCGGCCGACGCGCAAAGGCGGCCAAGCCUCGUGUCUUUCCACUCCAGCUACUCGGCAGACCAGACCUAUAGCGGCGACGAGUCCAAGGAGAAGCAACGAUGCCCCCACCCCGACUGCGCCAAGACCUUCAAGGACUUGAAGGCCCACAUGCUCACGCACCAGUCCGAGAGACCCGAAAAGUGCCCAAUUGCAACGUGCGAGUACCACAUCAAGGGUUUUGCGAGGAAAUAUGACAAGAACCGCCACACCCUUACCCAUUACAAAGGGACCAUGGUUUGCGGGUUUUGCCCAGGCUCCGGCUCUGCUGCCGAGAAGUCUUUUAACCGGGCAGACGUAUUUAAGCGCCACCUGACAGCAGUCCAUGGCGUCGAGCAGUCGCCUCCCAACAGCCGCAAGAAGACGACGGCUGGGGUAAGCGGCGGCGCUGGCAACAAGAAGCUUACGGGCUAUGCGCCGGAUGCCACAGGCAAGUGCUCGACUUGCUCGCAGACGUUCGGCAAUGCGCAGGACUUUUACGAGCAUCUCGACGACUGCGUGCUGCGCAUUGUGCAACAGGAAGACCCGGCCGAGGCAAUCAACGCCCAGCGGCUGGCCGAGGUCGAGAACGACCGCGACGUGCACAACACGCUCGAGAAGAAUCACCUGCCCACCACCACCACCACCACCGCCAACAUCGACGACGUCGACGACGACGAAGACAUGAUCGAUGAUGAUGACAUGGCCGACGACGACUACAGACGCUGUCUCAAGUCAUCGGCCGUCUCCCCGACAAAGAGGACCAAGGGCAACCCGGCAAACGGGGUGCAAAAGUCGCGUGGGCUCACCCACUCGCGCGGCGGGGUUCCCCUACCCACGAAGACCCGAGGCCGCAAGAACCGCCGCGACUACCCCUCCUCGUGGGGCUUUGACAAGGGCCAGAUGACAAUGAAGAAGCGCGUUAUGGCCGUCUUUGACGGACCGCGGCGCCUCGCCAAGGACGACAUGAUGCUGUCCACCGAGCAUGAAGUGCGCGUGAAGCUGUCCGACGGCAAGUCAUACGUUACCGACCUUGACGUCCAGACACUCAAGCGCGCAGAGGGCUUCCUCGGCGCCACCGACGAGGAGAAAGGGCCCUGGAUCUCGGACGACCCGACAGAGGACGACCUGAAGCAGAUGCUUCAGCGCAGCACCGAGAUCCCCGCACAAUAA